AUGAAGAAAUUGAAGGAGCUAAAAAGAAUACUUCAUGAGUGGAAUUGGAAGGUAUUUGGUAAUGUUCAUGUUAAACUUAAAGAAGCUGAAAAUAAAGUCAAGGAAGCAAUGCAAGUUUCAAACUCAAAUCCAUCUAAUUCAGUAGCAUUGGAGGAGUUAGUUGCAGCUCAAAAUGACCAUGCAAAUAGAGAAGUUCAGCUCAAUACUCUAAUGAGACAAAAAUCUAGAGUUAAAUGGAUACAAGAGGGAGCAGCAAAUACUAGUUUCUUUCAUACUAAUUUAAAAAUAAGAUCUUCAAGAAAUAUGAUAAGUGAAUUAGAGGAUUCUAAUGGUAAUGUAAUAUCUGAUCAAGAGCAGAUUGCAGACAAUCUUGUCAAUCACUUCAAAAUAAAGUUUGAAGAGCAAGGUGUUAAUAUUAAAGAAGAGCUUUUAGAUGUUGUACCUCAGUUGAGUGAUGCAGAAGACCAAAAGUUCUUAGAUGAAAUUCCUAGUAUAGAGGAAAUUGAAAAAACAGUUUUUGAUAUGGAUCCUGAAAGUUCUCCAGUACAAGGUGCAAGGAAUGCAAUUCAGUUCAGGCCAAUAGGUUUGAGUAAUGUAUUAUUCAAAAUCUUUACAAAAAUUAUUACUACAAGGAUGAGUAGUCUUAUGGUGAAACUGAUAUCUCCACAACAACCUGCAUACAUAAAAGGAAGAAGUAUCCAAGAGAAAGUUAUGCUUGCAUCUGAAUUGGUGAAUGAAAUGAAGAUAAAAAAAAGAGGUGGGAAUGUUGGGCUUAAGUUGGAUAUUUCUCAGGCAUAUGACUCUGUCAAUUGGGAAUUUCUUAUAAAAUUUUUAAGGAAAUAUGGUUUUUCUUCCUCAUGGUGUGACUGGUUAAUGGCAUUAUUUCAGUCUGCAAGAAUUUCAUUCAUGGUGAAUGGAGGACCAUGUGGUUUUUUCUCAGUUGGGAGAGGUUUGAGGCAAGGAUAUCCAUUAUCUCCCAUUCUUUUUGUGCUGAUGGAGGAUGUGCUGAGUAGAAAUAUAUCAAAAUUAGUUGGAAUGGGUAGAAUACUUCCUAUGGUAAUAAGAAAAGGUGUUCAUCCAACUCACCUUUUCUUUGCAGAUGAUGUAUUUAUCUUUUGCAAUUGUGCUAAGAAGAGCUUAAAAAAUUUAUUAUCUUUGCUAGACGAUUACCAGCUCAGUUCAGGGCAAGUCAUAAACAAAAGCAAGAGCAAUUUUUUUGUGGAUGGAGUUACAACUGCAAGAAAACAACAAAUAAGUGAAGUGGUAAAUAUGGAGUUAUCUCAUUUUUCAGAUAAAUAUUUGGGUGUUUUCUUAGCUCCAGGAAGAGUAACUUCUGCAAUGGUGUGGCUUAUAGUGGAACAACUUCAAAUAAAGCUUGCAGCUUGGAAAGGUAAAUUGCUUUCAUUUCAAGAUAGAGUUAUUCUUGUCAAGAAGUUCAAAAUUAUCUCAUGGAAGAGAGUGUGCACUCCUUUUAAAGAAGGGGGCUUAGGAAUACACAGACUUGAAGUGAUAAACAAAGUGCUGUUGAUGAAAAUGUUGUGGAAAAUUCUUAAUUCUAAAGAGGAGUGGGCUCAGUUCUUUAAUGCAAAAUUUAAGGAUAAAUAUGGACUUUGGAUUACUUCAUGGAAACAAUCAUCUAUUUGGAAAGGGAUAAAAUGGGAUUGGAAUUAUUUAAAAGAAAAUGUAAGGUGGACUGUAGGUAAUGGAGCCAAUAUAUCAGUCUGGUUUGAUACAUGGGUUGGAGAUUCACCAUUGGUAAAUCAGAUUGGUUUCUCUAAUUUGGUUCAAAAUAAUAUGAAUAUGAGGGCAGCAAGUCUGUUAAAUGGGAGACAUUGGUGCAUUCCUCCUGAGUUACAAGAAUUACUACCCAUAUCUUGCUUGCCUGAAAUUGGAAAUGGUAAUGAUCGUAUAAUAUGGACUGGGCAUAAAAGUGGUAAUUUUGUUACUUCAGCUGCAGUAGAGAGAGUUAGAGACAAAGAACCAAAACUGGUAUGGCCUGACUACAUAUGGAAAUCUUUCUUACAUUCUAGUAUAGCUAGUAAUAUUUGGAAGCUACAGCAAGAUGUCUAUAUGGAUGAUGAGGAAAUGAUGAAAAUAGGCUAUGACAUGGUAUCUAGAUGUUGUAUCUGUCAUGAACAAUGUGAUAAUAUGUUUCAUACACUUUGGAAGCGCAAAUUCAGUCUGGAGAUUUGGUCUUGGCUUGGAUCUAUUUUUGGUUUUAAAAAUCCAAAAUCUUUUGAAGACAUCAGUGUAGCUGCAAAAAAUAAGAGCCCAAUCAUCAAAGAGAUUUGGAUGACUGUUGCAUGUACUACAAUGAAAGGUCUGUGGUUUCAAAGAAACAAACAGUUGUUUGAGGAAAUUCAGCCAAAUUGCAAUGCAUUCAAAUGUAGGAUAUAUAAAGCAGUACAAGAAGGAAGCUACAGAAUGAAAGGCAAUCAAUGGAACCAAGAAUUUGAUUUUCAAGUUUUGUCAUUCUUCAAAAUUGGUAAUAGAAAUAUUAAAUACAAUUGCAUCAAAGAAAUCUAUUGGCAAGCUCCUGAAACAGAUUUUACUAUGUAUUGUUGUGUUGGUGCAUCAUUUGGAGAUCCAGGUAAAGCUGGUAUUGGGAUUAUUGCUAGAGAUUGCAGAAGUCAGGUAAUUGGUACUCUUACAUGGGGUCUUGGUAUAACUCUUUCUUCCAUUGCAGAUGAAUUUGCUAUAUUAUGUGUUAUUGAAUGGGCUGCUUUUAAUGGAAGUACCAAGGUAAUUAUCCAAUCAAGUUCAAAUACUGCUACUCAAAUGUUUAAAAGUUGUGAUAUACCUUGGUACAUCAGAGUAAGAUGGUUAAAAGUGAUUGAUAAGUUUAAGAAAAUGGAAUUAUUACACUGCAUAAAGGAAUUUAACUUUUCAGCAAUCAUAUUAGCAACCAAUGGGGUAGGCUUGAAAGCAGGAGAAAGAAAUAUUCACAUUGGAAGACCCUCUUCUCUUAAGAGGAUUGAGCUGCCAAGAAUGGCUUAUUAUUACUUAUGUUGA